AAAGCCAGGUGUUGAUCCCAAAGCACGGAAGCUUGACGAAAGGGGGAGCCUGAAGAGUUUACCGAAAGGGGGAGCUGAAGCUGAAGACAGAUCCACCGGGAUUCUGUUCAAGCAAGAGGGAGUCUAUGUUGCUGAAUACGUGUUAAAGCUUCAAGAAGACUCAGAGAGAGAGAAAGACAAGACGCUACGAGCUUGGCUACGGAUUGACUACGGUAAUAUCCAAGGGGGAGUCUGUUAGUGCAGUAAUGUCUAUCGCAUCCGUCAACUCGGUUAGUAGCAGAAACCAAAGAAUUUAAGUGUUUAUGUUGUAAUAUCUAGUUAGUAAAGGCAAGGUGGCAUUAUUGUAAAUAAGGAAAGAUUCCUUAUUGCCUUGGCCUAUAAAUAGAACCAUUAGGGUUCUCAUUUAGAACUUUUGCCAUUUUGCAUAUUGGAGCAUAGAAGCUAGAGAGAGAAAGUAGAGAGAGAAAGGCAAAAGGUGAUUCGUGUUGCUUGUACAUUUUCAUACUUUUAUAUAGAAUCACAGAUUGAGUACGUCUCGUGUGUUUCGGUCGUUCACGUUCACGGAUUCCGCACGUCGAACGUGUCAUACGCAAUCGUUUCAGAGUCAAACCGGUCCUAACACUGUCAAACAAGAAUCUAAGCCGAAGUCAUCUGCCACACCAAAACCUACCACUUCAAAGACUACUUCAAAGACUACUUCUGCUCCUAAAGCUCCUCCGGCAUCCAGGACCCGGGCCUCUAGCUCCCGGAAGAGGAAAGAAAUGAAUUCUCCAGCCGCCUCUGAGAUAUUCUCUCUCGAGAAUCAUGGAUUUAAUGAAGCCACCUCAUUCCUCAAGCAGGGCUUGGAACGUCUCAUGCAAUUGUAUGAAAACGCCUGUGGGCUUAACAAGAUGCUGGAGAUUAGGCUCGAAAAAGCUGAAGCCACCAUAGCUGACCAAGGAACAAUCGCAGCUGCUAAAUCCCAGCACUAUGAAGACAAAUACAAGGAAAUGACCCAGGAACAUCAAGCUGCCCUCCACAAAGCCAAUGACGAUGCUCAAGCCAAACUAGAUGCCGUUCUCCUUCAAUACCAGCAAGAUAUGAGUUCAUAUCGGGACAGUCUCAAAGCAUCCAUUGUUAUCUCCCUUCUCCAAGCUAGGUUAAGGAUGGCUUAUGAGGCCAAGAGCUUGGGCUUUGAAUGCCCCUCCUGGAAUGUAAAGGCUUGGGAAGCGAAACUACAAGAUCUUGGAGGUCAUCCCGUCACUCACCCUGUAAAGCAUGCUGGUGAAGAGCCUUCCAAGGAGGCAGAGGAAGUAGCCAAUGCUGGUGAUGGUGCCGAGAAGAAUCCUGAGGGGGAUGCUGGUGCAGACGCUGGUAAAGAAGUUGCUGAUCAAGAAGGUGCUGCCCCUUAGGCAGCUAAGUGGGCGAUGAUGGAUAUACGUGCCAAGGUCGGAGCCCACUUUUAAAUUUCAUGGUUAUGGUUUGUACAAACAAUUUACUUUUCCUGUCGUUGAACAAUUUAUAUUUCCUGCACUAGAACAAUACGAUGAUCAAAGGUGGAUGGGUCCUGUGUUUUCAGGAUGAAGCCCUUGGUCAUCGGUUAGUAUAACCUGUUUUGAAUGGCGUAACAGUUGAAGGUGGACAGGUUCCAUUUUGAGAUAGAACCUUCAACCGUUACAUAAGUAUGGUAAAGACUAAUUGUGCUCUUGGUGG